AUGCGUUUCUUCGCUGCUGUUCUGGCCACCCUUGCCGUGGGCGCCAUCGCUACCGACGCCGCUGCCGAUGAGGAAUACAGCACCGUCAUGGUCACCGAGUACACCACCUACUGCCCCGAGGCCGCUUCCACCGCCGUCCCCGACGUUUCCUCCAGUGCUGUCCCCUCCAUCACCGUCUCCAACGGCGUGACCUACUCCAUCUCCCGGCCCCUGAUCACCUCCACCGUCACCCGCUGCAACAAGUGGUAUGUCCACAGGAUAAGAGUGAAUGUGAAUGUGAAUGAUGCAUACUGA